CUAUGUUCCAGUAGAAUAAUAGAAAACGAAGUACUGUAUAUGUACAUAUACCCAAGUAAUGUGUGUGCGUAACAUAUCAUUUAAAAUAAUUCUGGAAUGUAUUGAUUAUAAUUUGUAUUACGCGGUUGAGAUCUAAUAAUAAAUAGCAUUUCGGUUGAUAUAUAUUUUGGAAAAAAAAUAAAAUUACCUAAAAUGUGUUUGUUAAAGAUCGUCGUUACUCAUGUGACAAAAUAUGAGUGACUGUCGUAAUUUAAUAAAUCUACCGGUUAUAAAAUAAUUAAAUAUUUUUCGAAAUUAUUAUAAUUUUUUCAGCAUUAUGGAAAAAGUUUGUUGUGUUUGUGAAAAAACAGAAUGUCCAUACAAAUGUCCUACAUGUAAAGAGCCAUAUUGUUCUGCAGUUUGUUGUAAAAUACAUAAGGUUAACAAUUGUCAACCAAAAAAUGAACAAACUGAACCUAUUAAUGAUGAGAAAAUAAAAUGCAAGACGUAUGAAUUUCCUACAGAAGACACAGUGCUUAUUGAAAAAUUGGAACAGUUGCGUUACAGCAAAGAAUUAAAAAAUAUUUUGAGAAACCCACAUGUACGUGAUAUUAUGUCUGCUAUUCUAACUGAUGAAAAUCCAACAAAGGCUAUUGCUUUAGCAAUGACUGAACCAAUAUUUGUGGAAAUGGCAGAUGUUUGUUUGAAGAUAGUGGAACCUCCAGGAAAUGAUAAAUCUUGUUAAUUACAUUCUGUGAUCUGAUGUAUUAUUUAUAAUAAUACGUUAUUAAAUAUUAUUGCACUGGACUUAUAGAAACUGAAUGCAUUAAAAAGUGUAUAUACUUUUACAUGUCAUAACACUAUCACUUCUUAGCACAUUAAAGUUAAAAACAAUUAAAAUUUGUAAUUUUUAAUUUUUGAAUACUGUAAUGCACUAAUUAUGCCUGUUUUAUAAGAAAAUAUAUUUUAAAAAUUUAAUUUUAAUCUUCCCUUAUCUUGUUAACUGUGGAAUUUAGUUUCCAAUUAACUGAUUAAUAAGAUAUACAGUUAACUAGUUAAUAAGAUACUUUCACCACUUAAAAAUCUAAAUUCUUGUAGCAGCAGAAGUCUGCAUCAAUGAUUUUCAUUACUUAAAACAUAUAAGAGUGAAUAACAAUUAUAAGACUGUACUACUAUACUUGUAGCUCAUUAUGUUAUAGUUUAAUUAAAUUUGCCGACACAUUUCACUUCCUCAAUUUCUUACAAUUUAGCCUUGCAUUCAAUUGACAUACAUAAAAUCUGCUUCCGUAUAAUAUUAAAUUUUUUAAGUUCAUGAAUCAUUUAUCAAAUUUUGUUUGUUUUUUGUGGCAGUCUAUGACCAUGAAAGUUUAAUUAGUUUGUAUUAACAAUAACAACAGUAUUGGCCAUUUAACAAAGCCGCAUUAUGCUGACUGUUGAAAAUAAUAAAACAUUCUUAAAAAUAAAAAUUAUAUGUAUAAAAAAAGGGGAUAUAAAAAACAAUUUUUGUACAACAUUUGUGUAUCUACAAGUAACAAAAAAUUUACUUCGAAAAUUUGUUAACAAAAAUUGCACAAUAUUAAAAACUUAUUUUAAAACUCUAAAUGUUGGGAAUGACGUAACGAAAUGUAAUUUUCGAGAUCGCUCGGUAUUUCUAUUCCUUCCAGCUCCUUUCGAAGAAUAUGGUACCUCUUUCUGACAUGAAAAGCUGCCAUUUUUGGUUGUCUUUCUCUGGUAAAUAUCCCUUUCUUGUUUCCACCCACUCUUAUGUAUGCUAAAU